GAAUUCAUUUUAUCAGAAGAUUACAACAAGAUGACACUAGUGAAAAGUUACCAGGCUCAUCAAAGCAGGGUGAUGAUGAUUCUGUUUGUGCUGGAGAUGGAGUGGGUGUUAAGCACUGGACAAGACAAGCACUUCACGUGGCACUGUUCCGAGAGCGGCCAGCGGCUGGGCGGCUACCGCACCAGCGCCGGCGCCUGUGGCCUCCAAUUUGAUGUGGAAACCCGGCACGUGUUUGUUGGUGAUCAUUCUGGGCAAGUGACCAUACUCAAACUAGAGCAAGAGUCCUGUAGCCUUGUUACAACAUUUAAGGGACACACAGGUGGUGUCACUGCUCUCUGCUGGGACCCAAUCCAGAGAGUUCUAUUCUCAGGCAGUUCUGAUCAUUCCAUUAUAAUGUGGGAUAUUGGAGGAAGAAAAGGAACAGCCAUCGAGCUGCAAGGACAUAAUGAUAAAGUUCAGUCUCUUUCCUAUGCCCACCACACUCGGCAGCUCAUCUCCUGCGGCGCGGAUGGGGGAAUCGUCGUCUGGAAUAUGGAUGUUGAGAGGCAGGAGACCCCCGAGUGGCUGGAUAGUGACUCCUGUCAGAAAUGUGACCAGCCUUUCUUCUGGAACUUCAAGCAAAUGUGGGACAGUAAGAAAAUAGGUCUCAGGCAGCACCACUGCCGGAAGUGCGGCAAGGCCGUCUGCGGGAAGUGCAGCUCCAAGCGCUCCUCCAUCCCCCUCAUGGGCUUCGAGUUCGAAGUGAGGGUCUGUGACAGCUGCCACCAGUCCAUAACCGACCAGGAGUGA